AUGUUUGAAGAGUUAGAAAAACGUAUAGCUGAAAAUGCCGAACAGGGCCAGCCAACCUGUAGUACAUCUACAGACACAGGUUCAAAUACAAAACAACUUUCUUUACAAGAAUGUUUAACGAAGAAUGUAUGUUGGGAUUUAACAUAUCCAAAAUCCAAAGAGACGAAUCGACUAAUAGGCGAAAUGAUUGCUUUGGAAGACUUACCAUUCAACUUCGUUGAAGGUGUUGCUUUUCGGCGAUUGAUCAAUACAAUACUUCCACGAUAUAAAUUGAGCGGCCGUCAGUUUUUUACGUCUCUUGUAUGUGACGAUUUAUAUAACAGCGUGGCAAAUAAAAUUAAAGUAUUAUUAAAAGACCUUGAGAAAAUAUUCUUUACAACUGAUGUUUGGUCUGAUACAAGUUCUGGGACUUCAUUAGUUAGUUUGAUUGCUCAUGGUGUAAACGAAGGUUUUGAAAGAGUAAGAAUUAUUUUGAAAUGUGAAAUAAUGGAAGGACGUCACACGGGUCAAGUUAUUUCGACAAAAAUUGAAUCCAUCCUUGAAGAAUGGGGUAUAAAACACGAUGCUGUUCACUGUGUGUGUUGUAUUAAAAAUGUGAUAUUAUCGGAAGAAUGGGUUCAAGAAAUAAUUGAAAAGGUGAAAAAAGUUUCAACACAUUUUAAUCAUUCCCUAGUAGCACAAGAUGAACUAAAGGCUAUACAGGAAAUAAGAAUGAAGCAAUUUCCAUUGUCAACAAUUCAAAAUUGUCCCACUAGAUGGAACAGCACAUUUUACAUGUUGGAGCGUUUUGUUAAAAUAAAAGUUUCUUUACUUUUAUACUUAACUACAAAACAAUUUGUAUCAUUUUCUCCAGAUGAUUUGUCAACAAUUGACCUGUUGUUAAAAUUGUUGGCACCUUUCGAAGAACUUACUAAAGAAUUGAGUAACUCAAAGAACAGCAUUUCUAUGGUUAUACCACUUAUGCAUGUUAUCCUGACAACAUUAAAAGCUGAGAAAGAUAACCAGAAUACGCCAGAAAAAAUCAAAGCACUUUUCGUUAAAGUUAUACGAGAAAUAAGUGAAAGAUUUGGCGAUUUAAAUAAAAAUUUGCUAUGUUCGGUUUCUACGUACUUAGAUCCGCGAUAUAAAGCAAAGUUUUUUAACAGUUUGAAAGAGAAGAAGUCGAAGCCAUAA